AUGAUGGACGAAGACGAAGACGAUUUCUAUGAUCCUGCUGAUGCGGUACCCGUGAACCGGACGCAGAAUACUCAUCAAAAUCAAUUAGACGAUACUUCCCAAGAAGUCAAUGAUGGGGAGGAGGAAGAGAUAGAGGUGGAAGAGGACGAGGAUGAUUUCAACAUUAUAACGGAAGCUCCUCCAGAUGCGCCUCCCCCAGAAGUACCGCACCCUCGUCAUGCCAGUCUUCGCGCGGAACCACAACGGCCUUCUUCGGUAGACUCAACAGGAAUAUCAAAGUCCGUCACACCUACAGUAACGCCGAAGAUUGAAGCUGCCACCCCGGUACCCGCCAGCGCAAGACCAGCAGUACCCCAAAAGCCCGGCUCCGCAUAUCCCCCUGUCCACGCGUCGACGAUCGACGUAAAUGCGAACCCAACCCAUCCUGCCACGGGUAAGCCGAUCAUGUCGACAGAUAUGGAUACUGAUUUCCCGUCGGAAGACGACAAACCAUGGAGACGACCGGGCUCUGACGUCUCUGACUAUUUCAACUACGGAUUCGACGAGUUUACCUGGGCAAGCUACGUUCUUAAGCAGCAAGAGCUGCGCAAAGAGGUGGGGGAUCAAAAGAAACAAUUAGAAGACAUGCAAAGCUUCUUGACUAUGGGCCUACCUCCUAUGCCGGGAGCUCCUCCAGGCGCGGGGGCACCUCCAGGCAGUGCGCCACCACCUAUGCCAGGCAUGCCCGGUAUACCAGACAUGUCUCCCGAUAUGAUGCAGGGCAUGCUGGCGAGCAUGAUGUCGCAAGGUCUUGACCCGUCAUCAAUGGACCCCAUGGUCAGCCUGGAUUCGGUGGCCAAGGCCAAGGGCCCGGGUUUGGAGGGCAAGGUGGUGGCCAGCCUCACAUGGGCUAUGGAGGCUACGAUCAAAGAGGCGGAUUUGGGGGCAGGGGACGAGGAAGAAGAUGGUAGAGUGCGAGGUUGA